GUGUGUACACUUAAAUUGGACAUUCCGCGCUACGGGGUCGAAUCUUCUAAGUUCUACCGGUAAAAAUGAGCUCGGACAUUGAAAGCCACAUUUUAAGAAAAUAUGAAAUCAAAAGAAGACUUGGUAAAGGGGCAUACGGAAUUGUAUGGAAGGCCAUUGAUAGAAGGACUGGCGACAUUGUGGCCCUCAAGAAGAUCUUUGAUGCAUUCAGGAACCAGACAGACGCUCAGCGGACAUUCAGAGAAAUUAUGUUCCUGCAGGAAUUUGGUGAUCACAGAAACAUCAUUAAGUUGCUGAAUGUUAUGAAGGCUGAUAACGACAAAGACAUUUACCUGGUUUUUGAAUACAUGGAUACCGACCUACAUGCGGUCAUAAAGAACGGCAAUAUACUUAAGGACAUCCACCAGAGAUACAUCAUGUAUCAACUGAUCAAUGCUACCAUGUAUCUACAUUCCGGCAAUGUCAUUCACAGAGACCACAAGCCUUCCAACAUUCUCCUGGACAGCGAGUGUUUCGUCAAGGUGGCCGAUUUUGGCCUGGCGAGGUCCAUCACACAGUUAGACACAACACAGAGCGAAAGCGAUCCAGCGCUGACAGAAUACGUGGCGACGAGGUGGUACAGAGCACCAGAGAUCCUACUCGCGUCAAAGAGAUAUACAAAAGGAGUUGAUAUGUGGAGUGUUGGUUGUAUCUUGGGUGAGUUACUUCGGGGAAAGCCCCUCUUCCCAGGAACGUCCACAUUAAAUCAGAUCGAGCGAAUCAUGAACGUCAUCGACCCUCCCUCCAAGGCUGACAAGGAUGCCAUCGACUCUGAAUAUGUCUCCUCAAUUCUCGACAAAGCAUCUGUCAGACAUAGGCAAUCAUUUGAAGACGUCCUACCAAAGGCCCCACCUGAUGCCAUCGACCUGCUGCGGAGACUACUCCAGUUCAACCCUGAGAAGAGGCUAACAGCUGCUGAGGCACUCAAACACCCAUAUGUAUCAAGGUUUCACAAUGUAGCUGAAGAGAAGGUCCUAGACUACGAUGUCAUCCCUCCAUUGGAUGACGAUGUACAGUUAUCAGUUGGCGAGUACAGGAGGAAACUGUAUGAGAUGAUAAAGGAGAAGAAAGCCAGACAUAGAGAACGCCUACGUGCCGACGAGAAAGCCAAGGAAACUCCGCCCCCUGCAGAGCCUGCCCCCGUUGCUGCGCUACCGCCCCAAACCAACCACGUAGCCAGUAAGCAGAAAAUAGUAGUGGGUGCCAGUGGAGCCGCGCCUCAGCCUGCGUACACAGUGGGCCGGUCGACUCGGCCUCCCCUCGCCCAGGGGAGUAGAUCGGCUGCCCUUCUGUCCAACAAGCAGCCUUUGCAGCCGAAUGGUAACGCGCACUAUCACUCAGGGGUAGCCUUUGGAAGGCAAGCCAAGGAUCAAGCCCCAGUCGGCAGCCCGGCCAAGGCACCGGCCCAGGCUGGCCAGAGGUUCCUCACCAGGCAACGUAGUCUAGAAAACAUCAAUGCCACUGGCAGCGGAAGUGAGAACCAGGCACAGGUCUACCGUUCCCCUAGUCGCAGUUCUCGCCACAGUGCAGGCCACCAUCGCACAAGGUCAUUCUCUGCUGGGUUACGCAAUGCCCAGAUCACUAGGGACAUUGACAGGAAUCCACUGGGUCUGACAGUCACAAGCUCAAGAGUUGUUCCAGGUCACAGACCUGUCUCGGCCAAGGAGGACCGCCCCAAACCUUCGUAUGGCCGGAAGCAAUAUGGCACUAAGAACGCCCCCUCUGCAGGUGCACCAAAGUCCACACUUGGCAGCUAUUCCCAAGCUCAUGGAACAAUCACGGCCAGCGGCCUGGCAAAGAUCCAAACCAUGAAAUGGUAACAGGUGUGCGGCGAGGACAGAACCAUGUUCUCUGCAUUCCCCUGAUGAUAAAGAGUUCUGAGUUAAAUCCAUGCUUUCUCUUUCAUCCGAAACCGCUGUUUUACUUGACUUGUCUCCAGUGUUGUUAUGCCAAAUGUCAAACGAACAGUGACAAAAGCCCUCCUUUGUCAUUGUUCUGUCUGUUUCUAGUGGCCGGUCUUGUGCAAGAGAUCACAACUAGACUUGUGGUGGACCACACCACCUGAUCGUUCAGCCAUUUGCUACCUCCUUGCAACAAAAACAAAAUAAGCAGCACCCGAGCGCAGCGUUGAAUUGAAUAAAAAGCAGCAUUGUCAGUUGCAGUACAUGUAGUUCAAAAGUUUUGCCAAGCCACUGUUGAAGUUAGCCCAUGAAUAAAAAAACCUGACGAAAACCUUGUUACUCAGUAUGCAAAAUUAACACUUUUAGAGUUGAAACUAUUGUGCCUUGUCUAGUUUUUCAAACCAUAUUUAUGCUUUUGAAGAUGACAGUAAUUUUAAAGGCCUAAAUGUGUAUUUAUGUGGUUUUUGGACAUUUUUAUCUAUUUUACCAAGUUAAUGUCAAUCUACAGUGUAAACUUCCUGUGAUCCUUGUACCUGCUUAAUCCCGCUGCAGUUAUUUUGGCUCGCCUGCUUCAAAAUUUCUCCAAAUUUUCGUCGUUGAAAUUGAGGAAAUUGAAACUCAAGACCUCAGACUCCAUAUUGUUCCCUGAACCUGUUUCGAAACUUGACUGUUAAAUGAGAUGGUACCGGACUAUUUUUAUUACUUGUAUUUUGUUUUCGAAAUGAGGCUUUAAAUGUUAAGGUACCUUAAAUCAAAAAAUUGAAAUUAUUCAUCAGAUCACAUGGGUGCUGAUUGGUCUUGGAAUUUCAUAUUUAUUGUUUUCAUUCCUACUCUCAAAUGAAGAGUUUGCCUCGCUUUCAAUUCAAUAUGGCCAAUUAACGAAUCAAGCUUAUAAUGUGAUACCUGUUCAAGUUUCCAGCAUUUUACCAUUCCAAUGUUUUUACUGCAAUUGCGUUGCAAUUUAUAAUCAAGAUGUAUACCUUUUUUGUCUAUUUCUGAGGAUGUGGGUCCGUUGUGUCUACGUUUAACUUAACAAGAAAGCCUUAAUAACAUACAUCCUAAAACUGUUGCUCGUGGUUUUUUUUUUUUUUUGCAAUAAACAGUAAAUAUCUGCAUUGUAUUCUGUAUUAACUCACCUCUCUCUCCGACACAGAAAUGUUAAGUUUGCCUUUUAAGUGCCACUGUCAAAUUUACUACAUCUAGUACAGCCAGAAAUUUUAACAGGAUUUUUGCCCGGAAAUGAGCUGUUUUUGUUUAUUGUAACGAUUUGAACAUUCAUAUCUGGGUUGUAUACCCUCAGUUACAGUCGAAGUCCAAUUGUAGAAUUCCAACUCUAGGGACUUUUUUGAUAUGAUCCAAGUAGACAAAACCGUCAAAUGCAAAGGAUGAGAGUUACAUUGGGAAGUACGGCUUAGAGUAUGUUGUAAGAGCCAGAGUGAUUUCCAGACCGAUGAUGCUCUUUUUACAUUUUUGUCAGGUUAGCUCUCAUUAAGGAAUGGUUUGGAAAUUGUGGUUUGCAUGCAGAAUCUAAAAUUUCUCAAAACCAAGCUCCGGUGCUAGCUCGCAGGAUGCCACUUUAUUUAACAUUAUUCAACAGGACUGCAGAUUUUUUUCAUUCGUAUCUUCACCAUUUAGUAUGCUGUUAUUGUUGUUACUUUGUGAUUUUUUAUGUGUUGAGUGUCAGUUAAGUUAGCUCAAAUGCACCCUGAUAUUUCAAAAUCCAUCGCGAGAGCAUGUCAGAUUUUGUAGGAUUGAGGAUGGUAGAAACUAACCACUGUUUACUUACAGAGGGUUUGAUGCCUUGUUAAAGUACAGAGAAAGUGCUGUUGAAAUUUUUUCAAUGGUUCAUGAAGAUAGCUGGCCACAGCUAGAAAUUGAAGGCAGUUUGGAAUUCCCAGAGAUAGGUUGGCUUGAUUUGCCUGUAUUCAGUGUUACAGUAUUCAAUGCGUCGGCAAAACAUCACAUUCCAAGCGUUAACAAAGAUCGCAUUGCGUUGCAUAGCCGCGCAAGAUGGAGAACUCGACUAAAAGGUGUUAUCAUCUUGGCGCCAUUCGAGUAUGAACGUUAAUGCAUAGGCGCAGGCAUACCAGGUGUGCGUGCCUGUCGCGGGCGGCGCCUGCGCCUGUUGCAUUAACGUAGUGUGUUCCUACCCAAUUGGCGCCCUUGCGAUAACAACGUUUUACGCGUAUUCAAGGUUAAGUUCUCCAUCUUUCGCCACUUCGGCGCUAUACGAUCUUUCUUGUGAACACUAAAGAUUGUGUACAAACUGUGUAGAUACCUGUGUACGUUUAAAGUAUGUAAAGAUUCGCUGGAGAUUUGUCAGUUUUGUAAACAGAGAACCGAGUCGAGUAAAGAAAUAAGUUAUUGUUGUCAAUGAAA